AGGAAUGGACUGCUGAACACUGCCAUCUCUCAUCAAUCUUAUCUCACGCAAUGCGCUCAACAGAACUCACUCAACUCGCCUCUCUUACUUCUUCCUGGAGAGAUUCGGAACAAGAUCUGGAAACUUGCUCUAGGAGAUCACCGGGUUGAUAUCCAGGACCUCAUCAACGAGAAGCCGAUUGACACCUUUCACAACGAGCGGGCUCGGUAUUCUCACACGCUUUGUCCCCCUGGCUUUAUCCGCCCCACUUUCCAGCUUCCACGCGUUUGUCGUCAGAUCUACGUCGAAGCAUCACCGUACGUCUACAUGCUGAAUACGUUCACCUUCCACAACAUGGCCACCUUCGAUCGGUGGAUCAAGAACCGUUGCAUCGGACAGAGGCGACUGGUCACUUCUCUCGAUGUUCCGUGUACCUAUGCACGCCUUUAUCGCAGCGGCUUCCGUAAGCCCUUCGUAUCGAAAUUCCCAAAUAUCACACGAAUAGGUAUUGACAACUGGACGCUAUUUUGCGACUACAACGAGAUCCGCCGCCUGCCAGAGAACAAUGGAAAAGGAGCGCUCGAAUUAUGGGUCGAUGCGAAGGCCAAGAUUAUCGCGGAGGUCAAGGACAAAGAAGGUCAGCACCUACGCAUCGAGUGGCAC